UUGUCCGGAUGAGCUUGUUGGGAUUGUCCUGAGGGUUACUGGGUGUUGUUAAGCCGAGAUGGACUGUGACUUGAUCGUAGAAUGGUGGAGACGACUUUGGAGAGGAGGGGCUAGUGUGCGAACAGGGGGCUGGUCCUACAUGUUUUCUUGACCUAAUUGAGUAAAGUAGUGUCAGCGAAGGAGCGAAAGGCUGCUCAACAACCUCCAGAAGAAACUCUGCUCGCUCCAUUCUUUUUUCAUGACCAACCAUCCUCUUAUGACCGUCUGUAUCACUAUGGGAUUGCUUUCUUGAAUUUUUCUCCUUCUUGUUUCUCUCCAAGUCCCUUCACAGUAUUAAUUCGGUUAAAUGAUAGGCACACUGGAAAUUGGCAGGUCAGCCUUGCUGCAAAACGAAUAUCCUAAAGCACUUUUCGGUUCAGCCUAUAAACCGUCCAAUGACGUCACGCGGGGUAGCCAAGACAGAGGUGGACAGUCACAAACCCCUCAACUACACCACCAACAACUAUUCCAAAAUGCCAGCUCUCCGCACAAUAAAAGGCCCCGCCAUCUUCGUCGCGCAGUACGCCUCGGACGAAGCACCCUUCAACACCCUAGACGGAAUCUGCGGAUGGGCAUCAAGCCUAGGAUACAAAGGGAUCCAGUUGCCGAUCGACCCUCGCUUCAUCGACAUCGAACGCGCGGCGACAGAUGCAGACUAUUGCGACUCGCUGCAGAAUGUGUUCCGGAAACAUGAUAUUGAGCUGACGGAACUCUCCUCGCACCUCCAGGGCCAACUAGUCGCCGUACAUCCGGCGUAUGACACACUCUUCGAUGGGUUCGCACCAGCGCACGUCCAUAACAACCCGAAAAAGAGACAGGAGUGGGCGACGGACUUCCUAUGCCUCGCAGCGAAAGCAUCAAAGAAUUUAGGCCUAAGCGCACACGCCACAUUCUCCGGGUCCCUCGCAUGGCCAUAUCUCUACCCAUGGCCGCAGCGCCCAGCAGGCCUAAUCGAAACCGCAUUCGCGGAACUCGGCGCGCGCUGGAAGCCCAUUCUCGACGUCUUCAAUGCCUGUGGCGUAGACCUCUGCUUCGAGAUCCACCCGGGCGAAGACCUGCACGACGGUGUCUCCUUCGACCGGUUCCUCGCUGAGGUAGACAACCACCCACGCGCGUGUAUCUGCUACGAUCCCAGCCACUUCAUCCUCCAGAGCUUGGACUACCUCUCUUUUAUCGACGUCUACCACAGCCGAAUCAAGAUCUUCCACGUGAAAGAUGCAGAGUUCCGACCCGACGGGCGACAGGGCGUUUAUGGCGGGUAUAGUGGGUGGACGGAGCGCGCGGGGCGGUUCCGGGCGCUUGGCGAUGGACAGGUUGAUUUUGGGGCGAUCUUUACGAGGCUGGCGAGGUAUGGGUUUGAAGGGUGGGCGGUGCUUGAGUCUGAGUGUGCGUUUAAGGAUAAGUUUGUUUGUGCGCGGGAGGGGGUCAGUUUCAUUGAAAAGUGUAUUAUUCCCGUUGCCAAGGGGGCGUUCGAUGAUUUUGCGGGGGUGGGUUUGGGGGGUGAGGGAUGUAGGAGGAUUCUUGGGCUGGAGUGAUGAGGAGAAUGGACUAUAUUAUUCGACUGCGACUGGUGUGUUGUGCAUACGAGCGAAGAAUACAGUUCGGUGGCGGCCCAGGCAGACCGAAUCAGCCAUAUUUCGUGGAUGAUAAUCCAGACAGACGUUAGAUCUUGAUAACCACCUUGCCCAUAUGCUUGGCAGCAUAAAGGUGAUCGAACGCAGUCUUUGAGUCCUCAAAAUUGAAGACAGUCUCAUCCAGCAAAGGCUUCAAUUGAACUUUCUUUUCCUCGAGGAAGUUGCAAAAGCACUGCAGGUCGGCCUUGGAGCCCGGGUUGAUUCCCCUAAAAACGACACAUUAGUACCCUGGCAGCCACGCUUUAGUGUUAUUAUAGAAUGGGAAACAACCUGAUAACCGCACUCAUCCCAAGGACCUGUCCAAGGAUCUCAGGCUGCUUAUCCAGCUUGAAUCCCCCUAGAAAGCCAACAAGAGAAACCGCGCCCCUUCUCGCAAGAGAUGAGAGGUUCUGAGAAAUAGCCGUAGGACCGAUAUUGUCCACGACAACAUCAACGCCGCGGCCACCCG